UUGCUUGCUCUCAGUACUGUUUCACAUUCGCAGACGGUCGCAUGUGCGCGCGUUGAGUUGUUCUUCAAAGGUGUAUGCCGGCGAACGGUUAGACAGGACCCCUCAUUCAUCGUAGUGCACUUUUUACGUCGUAAGGAAAAGGGGGACGCCAAACUUCGCGUAGAUCCGCAGUAGGUGAAUCGGUUUUUCUUUUCGUAUGACGUCGUGAACCUACAGUUUCGUGAUUCGAAGGCUAUUAAUAAAUGCCCCAAGCGAACCAACGCUUUCCACCAUGCUUUGAUGGUAUGCAAUGUCUGUUCUUAAAGAAGGGAAAACUCGCCUUCAGCAGUGACAAGCAGUCGGAAAUGUGGAUCGAUAAUUGUGAGUUUGGGAUUGGCAGCGACUUGCUAAUGUGAUAUUUUCUAGCUAUGAAUACGUUCAUGAAGUGCGGUGAAUAAGCGAAUCACUCACAUUAAAACAAAACCAACACCCAAGUGUAAAUCGUUAUCAUUUGAAGUGAUAGGCGUGCCUCAUCUUCCGGUCAUAUAAGAAAGUAUUCUACCAGCAGAUAGUGAUGAAUGAUGCAUCAAAGAAAUAACAACACACAUAGCAACGAAAGCAAAUACGGUCAGUCAGUACAUCUCCUCAUCGCGAACAGCCAUGCAUCAUCAACUUCGAGUCAGCGUAGCGACGGGCAUGCAAACACAGCAUCUACUAUAAAAAAAUCAACAUUUAAAUCUGACUGGGCGCAACGAAACGCUAUUUGCUUCGGGGAUCUUUACCAUAAGAACUGCGGAAGGCGAAAAGUACGUGAACUAUACUGUACCAAAGACGAAUUCCUCCGUAACUAGUCCAUCAAUAGGCCUCGCCCCACUUGGCCCUUGUCCCGCGCCGUAAACCAUGAGUAAGGUCGUCGAGUGCAUCAAGUGUUUUUGUGGCUGCAACGAGCUGUCGCGGGAUCGCGUCAAAGAACUACUUUGUAAGAAUAUAAACGGCUUUAUGAAUGAUCAAGCUGCAGUCGAUAUGUUUCGAAAGUUCAUCCCAGUUGAUUCUCGAACGCACAAACACAUCGCCAUCAUUCAGAGGGCGAAAACGUACCACGGUAUGGACAUCACCAUGGACUCUGACGAACUGGAGGAGUUUGCAGAAGAUCUGGAGGAACACUUGGAGGAUCAGCUGAAAGAGAAUCCCGAUACCAAAGAGGUAUUGGAAAGCGUCAUUUUUGAAUAUAGCAAAAAAGUAGAAUCCUCGAAAGAUUACCAAAAUUUCUGCGAUAAUUUGAAGGAGAAAUAUACAAGGUUUAGAAGAGUGAAGUAGUUGAUACUGUUAUUUUAGGCUGAUAAUAUAUUUAUUCUUAUUUUAGGAAA